AAUGGAAAUAACACUUUUUACUCGUCGAAGAGGUUGCGGAUUUGAGCAUUUUAUUCUUGAGCUGUGAAAUGGCAAGGAGAGAAGUUAAAAUAGGGAUGAGGUACGAGUAACUCAGAGGGAAGUAAGAGAAUGAGGCUCUGUUGAAGUAUGGCCACUUCACCGGAUUUUUGGGAUCAUCCUUACUACAGACUGGUCAAGCUCUUGGCAACUGUCACGGGUACAUGGCCCCGUCAAUCGCUGAAGGAAAUAAUUAUGUAUCGCUUUGCUAUCUUCGUUGUUGUCGUCAUUCAAGUGACACCCCAGAUUGUAGCAUUUUGGAAAUAUCGGGACAACAUGGAGAUUAUUUUGGAAACCAUUAGUCCCUUCAUUAUAGACUUAGCACUUACUGUCAAGUUUAUGAACGCGUGGUGGUUCUUUAAAAGGUCGACGUAUUUGUUGGAACAAAUUAGAGAGAAUUGGAACAUUUUUCCGAGGAAUAAUGGACGUUACAUGCUUCAUUACCACAGUGAAUUCGCAAGAAAGCUCUCGUUGGUUUAUUUGGCUGGCGUCUACAUGGCCGGUAUAGUUUUCUCGACGGAACCGCUGCAGCAAAGAGCGCUUUCUCUUCUUCUGCACACAAAUAUUACAGCCCCGAACAGAUUUUCGAUGCCAAUGGAUUUCGGUUCAAUUAAUCUGGACGUCUGGUACUAUCCGCUCUUCCUUAUGUCCGGCGUCUGCAUUAUCAUCAUUAUCACGGUCAUUGGAUCCUGCGAUUUAAUGUUCUUGAUGUAUGCAGAACACGCUUGUGGAUUAUUCAAGGGAUUGGGAUAUGCAAUUAUCCAUCUGCCACCUCAUGAUCCUAAGGACAGGGUUGAUUACGGCUUCGAGUACAUGAGAAAAUGUGCUAUAAUCCAUCGACGUGUGAUAGAUUUUGCAGAAGACAUAAAGGAUAUUUUCAUGUGGUCAUUCCUUGGUAUUAUCGGAUUGAACAUGAUAAUAAUAAGUGUAACUGCUGUGCAGGUGAUGAUCAACUUAAAAUCUAUGGAGAAAAUCGUGAAGUUCAUUCUGUUCGUGUCGAUGCAGAUGGUGCAUCUUUUCGUCGAAUGUUUCGUAGCCCAAAGAUUGAUGGACGCUAGUUUUGAGCUCACGGAGAGUCUGACAAAUGCCAAUUGGUAUAAUGCCUCGCGGAAAACGCAGAGACUCAUUCCUAUAAUGCUCAUGAGAAGUCAGAAUCCCAUCAUCUUGACAGCUGGCAAAAUCAUCGUCAUGAAUAUGAAUACAUACGCUGUGGUUCUGAAGACGGCGGCAUCAUAUUUCACGGUAUUCCUGGCUAUGCAGUGAACAACUUUGUGAUUUAAAUAAAUUUGCGUAAUAGAAUAUGAUGUAGAAAAAUAUUGCUAUGGUAUUGUAUGUAUUUUUCUCUAGCAAAGGCGAAGCGCGCUUGAAACUCGAGACGAUCAGCAAAAAAGUGGCUCAUCAUCUCUUAGUAUCAAUGGUCUAGAA